UUCCCCACGUGGGCUCUUGAGUGAUGGCGGCGCUGGUUGUGUCCGAGACUUCCGAGCCAGGAAGCCGAGCCGGCCCUGGCAGAGGUCGCAUCUCUCGGGGCCGACUGGCCAAUCAGAUCCCCCCUGAGAUCCUGAACAGUCCCCAGCUACAGGCCGCUGUCCAUGCCCUGCCUUCUAACUACAACUUUGAGAUCCCCAAGACCAUCUGGAGGAUCCAGCAAGCCCAGGCCAAGAAGGUGGCCUUACAAAUGCCAGAAGGCCUCCUGCUCUUUGCCUGCACCAUUGUGGAUAUCUUGGAAAGGUUCACAAAGGCUGAGGUGAUGGUGAUGGGCGAUGUGACCUACGGGGCAUGCUGUGUGGACGACUUCACUGCAAGGGCCUUGGGAGUUGACUUCCUGGUGCACUAUGGCCACAGCUGCCUAGUCCCCAUGGACACCUCAGUCCAAGACUUCCGUGUGCUGUAUGUCUUUGUGGAUAUCCGGAUAGACACUGCCCACCUUCUGGACUCGGUCCGCCUCACCUUCACCCCAGGCAGCUCGCUCGCUCUGGUCAGCACCAUUCAGUUUGUGUCAACUCUACAGGCAGCUGCCCAGGAGCUGAAAGCUGAUUAUCACAUCAGUGUCCCACAGUGCAAGCCCUUGUCCCCUGGGGAGAUCCUAGGCUGCACGUCCCCUCGACUACCCAAGGAAGUGGAAGCUGUUGUGUAUCUUGGAGAUGGCCGCUUCCAUCUGGAGUCUGUCAUGAUUGCCAACCCUAAUAUACCUAGUUACCGGUACGACCCAUAUAGCAAAGUCCUAUCCAGAGAAUACUAUGACCAUCAGCGCAUGCAGGCCACUCGUCAGGAAGCCAUCGCUGCUGCACGCUCAGCCAAGUCCUGGGGCCUUAUUCUGGGAACUUUGGGCCGCCAGGGAAGUCCCAAGGUCCUGGAGCACUUGGAAUCUCAGCUCAGAAACUUGGGACUUCCCUUCCUGAGGCUGCUGCUCUCUGAGAUCUUCCCCAGCAAGCUCAGUCUACUUCCUGCAGUGGACGUAUGGGUGCAGGUGGCAUGUCCACGCCUCUCCAUUGACUGGGGCUCAGCCUUUCCCAAGCCACUGCUGACACCCUACGAGGCAGCUGUGGCCCUGAAAGAGAUUUCUUGGCAGCAACCCUACCCUAUGGACUUCUACGCUGGCAGCUCCUUAGGGCCAUGGACAGUGAACCAUGGUCGGGACCGAGCACCCAGGGGUCUCUGCCAGCCUGCAUCCGGCAAGGUGCAGCAGGGGUCCAGAGGCCACUCUCCAGUCCUCGCCUGUGAGGGCUGCAGCUGCGCAGACCAGAAAGCUACACCGCCAGCUCCCUGAGAGAUCUGGAGCAGCAGGGCCCUGUUCUCCAGAGGAGCAACCUCGAGGCUGGUGGUUUUCUGAAGAGGAAGCGGACGUUUUCUCUGCUCUGGAAGAGCCCACAGUGUGCAGGGGUCUGGAGGAGG